UCGGGCGGCGUGGGGCCGGGCGGGAAAGGCCGCGCGGCGGGCGAGGAGGCGCCGGGCUGCGGGAGACAUGUUCCGGGGCCCGGAGACCGAGGGCGGCCGGGCCGGCUCCAGGGCCAUGAAGCCCCCAGGAGGAGAGGCCAGCAAUCUUUUUGGAAGUCCAGAAGAAGCUGCUCCUUCAAGCAGGCCCAAUAGGAUGGCAUCUAAUAUUUUUGGACCAACUGAAGAACCUCAGAACAUCCCUAAGAGGACCAAUCCCCCAGGGGGGAAAGGAAGUGGUAUCUUUGACGAAUCCACACCUGUGCAGACUCGACAGCGUCUGAACCCACCUGGUGGGAAGACCAGUGACAUUUUUGGGUCCCCCGUGGCUGCCACCUCACCGUUGGCACACCCAAACAAACCCAAGGACCACGUGCUCUUGUGUGAAGGAGAAGACCCCAAAUCGGCCCCUACAGCCGCAACGAGCACGUCACCCAGAGAAGAGCCUGGUGAGAAGGGAGGCCCUGGAGAAGGAGGCCGCGCCCAGCAGCCCAUGCCCACAGGUGACAGCCACGAGCCCAGGCUGGGCCCAAGGCCUCGUUCUCACAACAAAGUCCUCAACCCACCUGGAGGCAAAUCCAGUAUCUCCUUCUACUAGGAGAGGCUGCUGCUUCCCCUGUAGCCAGUCGAGAAACCGAAGAGAUAGGAUUUCAGAUACUAUAGUUUCUUUUAGUCCACAGGAGCCCGGUGGGGAGAGGGUCUGCUGUGUAUCUGGGGGUGCCGCUCGGGCUCUGCUGCCAUCACAGCCGCGGAGGACCUCACCGUGCAGACUGCCAAGAGACCUCUCGGUGGGGAUGAAAUGGGACUCACUGGUAACUGCAGAUGUGACGGGACUGUGUGAGGGGCGUGGGGGCAGGUGGCACCCAACGGCGCUGAGGCCCAGGGACGUGGGGCUGCCCACAGUCUCGCCACACCAACACACCACUGGUUGCCUGGGGUCCAGGAAUCACCGACACGGUAGCAGAGUUUAAACUUGAAGUCUUGGCAAGAAAAUAAAAACAGCCUGUGUGUUGCUGGCGGUGGAGGAGUGAGGCACAGGCCAAAAUACUGCUGGUGGGGACCAGGGGUCUCUGGCUGGCCCCUCGGGUCCUCACCCCGUUCACCGCGGGACCGUCCCUGUCCCCGGGCCGGCUGCCGUGGGCCCCUGCUGCCUCCUUUGCGGUCAGCCCCCAUGUGUCGCUCUGCACGCUUCCUGAGCCACCUCGGUUGCUGGUCCUCGGCAGCUGUCCACAAAAACCAAAAAGUCAUUCUCAGUCUCAUGCUUUACGGAAAGAUUUUGUGCCCUGAUCCUCUGAGGUGCUCCGUUUCUGCCAUCUGCCGGCUUGGCCAGACCUUACAUAGGAUUCAGGCCAUUCAUCCCCAGGCUGAUUUGGCCGUGAAUUCUUCCCUCUUUUCCUUGGCGGCCUCCAGUCUAGGCCCGUGCCUGGCUCCAGGGAUGCGGGCAGCUCCCUUCUCCAGCCAUGGCUCUUCCUUUUGGCGAGCCCCCUGACUCCUGCAGCUACAGAACCUCCCACAUGCAUCCAGGCAGUGGGGUUACCUAAGUCCUCCAUACAUCUUUACUCCUGUUGACAGUGGGAAGGAGCGAUGCUUCUUAGGGUUGAAUCCUUAAUAUUAUCUAAAGAGCUUUCCUAAAAUACCAGCUUUACUUAAGUGACUCUUGACUCUGCCUUGUUUCUCGCACCUUUCUAGGAAAUAGUCAGUUGCUCAGGUACAACCAGGAGGAAAAAAGUUUGCUUAGCUGCUCUUUCUAAAGCUUUGCAGAACCUCUCAGUUUCCAGAAGAGACCUGGAGACCUGGGGCCAGAAAGUAGUUUGACAUCCAAGUCCCAACUGGCCUAUUCCCUGAUACUUGCCGGCAGAGAUAACAGGCUGGCCAGGGUCCUGUUGCCUCAGGUUCCCUCAGGCGAAGGUUCUCCCAGUUAGCACCUACAGGGCUACCGUCUCUGUCCUCACACCUCACAUUGGACCAAGGGCACAGGCUUUGGGUGGGGGUGCCUCUUGGUAUGAGUGCCUACAAAGCCAGUGCCAGGUACUAAGAAUACCUGCAUCAUUACAGAAAUUUAGAAAAGCAACAGCGCUGCGUUUCAUCACACCCACAGUGGCUUAGUCACUUAAGUGCCUGCUGGAGCUGCCUGCCGAACUCCACCUUUCACACCUGGCACGCUGGGGGGAUCUGCACGUGGCUUUGUCAACCAAAGACUUUUCCUCCUUUCCACUGCCCGGUUCACUUGGGAGGCAAGAAACUCAUUCCAUGUGACUCUCAAGUCCUGUCUGCACCCUGCAAAUGGUCAUUUAUAGGAAAGUUUGGAAUUCAGAACAUUUUUUUCCCCAUUAGAAAAAGUCAUUAAUGGUAGUUAGGGUUUAAGCCCAAACACACUAACUUUUGCUUAACACGAUGUCCUAAUGGUAAAAAUGAACUACCGCUUAUGACUGUCUUGUGGUUUUUAACAUUCAAGAGACUGAUAUGUGAACACCAGGCUGAAUUGCCAAGAACGCUGCGGUCGUAGUGCUGGUUCCCGUGGCUUCACCCCUGCACUCGCUCUCCACCCAGUGAGAGGAAGAGCUCCCUCGUUCUGUCCAUAGCAGGGAUCUUGGGUGGAAGUGGGGAGCAGAAGUAGGGAUGGAGGCACAGGGGAACUGAGCAGGAGCCUCUGUGCAGUACAGAUGGGUGCCCUCCCUUCCUGCUCUCCCUGCCCUUCCCUCCCUGGGGCUGUAGAAGUGGGUUUAGGUGUCUGGUAGCCUGGUCACAGAGAAGCAGGAGAGGACUUCUACUCCUGUGAGCCCGAUGGACGUGGCCAUUUAUAUUUGGGAAAUGCUCGAUACACCGGGGACUGCCUGUAUUUGGAAGGUUCAUUAACUCAGCAUCCUGUUCUCAACCUCUAAGCUGCAUUUUGGAAUCCUUGGUCCGUAUUUUCAUUAAGCCUUAAAACGUUUUUUAAUGUGCAUUUGGUGCCAACUUUUUUCUAGAGCUGUAUCAAAAACGAGAAACCUGUACUCACAUCACAAUGUAGUUUUGAUAGGGGUGUUUUGUUUUUACAAGACAGGAUUGGGUAUAACCAUUGAAUUAAACGUAGCAAUCAUGUCCUCGA